AUGGCUGCACGCUUCUCCUGUCCCCAAUGCCAGGCAGUAUUCACCCGGUCCGCGCAUCUCCGACGUCACCAGCGGACGCAUCGUGCCGAAAAGCCCUACACGUGUGCCUACUGCAACGUUGCCUCGACACGCAAAGAUGUCAUCGUCCGACAUACUCGAAACUUUCAUCCGGGCGUGAAACCGAUAGCAAAUCAGGCUUCAGAGGAAACGACACGGCCAACCCAUCCACCGCCUGCCCCAACAGAGCAAUUGCCAAUACCACGGCCUGCACGCGAGUACAUCUCGUCCAGCUCCUCGAACAGUAGCACCAGCAGUAACCCUGACCAUCUGUCUCCUGGGCUUAGCCAACGGGAAGAGAGCGAUUUAGCUGACUUCGGACAUAUUGAUGGUAUGGACAUCGUGCCUCUUGAAUGUCCCAUCGACUUCGAUCUGUUUGAUUUCUCGGCAUCUACGCUUCCAGAGGCUGCCUUGGUUAAUUCAAUACUGGCGCCUCUAACUCCACCAUCCAUUGACCAUCAUACUGAAUCUCGCAAUUCAUUUCCUCGAGAUGAUGACUACGCACAGGCAACUGCAAACUUCCAUUAUUAUGGUAUCCACCAGACUUCCCCCUUAAAAUUCCCCUCAAGGAUUGCUACCCAUCGGUUUGUAAAUGCCUUCUUCAAACAUAUGGCCUCGCAUCUACCCAUUGUACACUUACCCACAUUUUCUAUUGCUUCAACUGCCUCACCUCUGCUUUUGGAGAUCAUGGCCUGCGGUGCCUUGUAUCGCUGCGAACGAGUCGCAGCUACAACAUUACAUGCUACUGCUCAACAACUAAUGUUGCAGAUUGACAGCGCAGAACCAGAUAGUGAUCAUGACACCUUCGAUAUAUGGAAACUGCAGACUUAUCUGCUCAUGACCUACUUUUCUGCCUAUGGCGGACAUUCGUACACCCGAAGACGAGCAGCAAUCACAUUCUCGCACACUAUAGAGCUUGCCCGGCAAGCACUAAAGAAUAUUAGUACGCUCCAUGAACCAUCAUACGAGCAAUGGGUUCAGCAAGAGACCAUAGUCAGAUCCAUCGCUACAACCAUCGAAAUCGGUGCGGUGCUCGCAUCAACUUCCAAGGACCAAUGCUUCACCACUACGUUGUUUGAUGCAUCAUUUCCCCUGCCGUCAGAUGAAAUCAUUUGGAACGAGACUAAAGGAACUUGGAAGUUUCAAUGUCAACAGCCCGAUAGCAUUCAGGUCUUGGACUGUGUCUUAGCCGGCCAGAAACCGGCUACGCCUAUGAGCGAGCUGGGAUUCGUGACUAUCGUUUCUUCCAUCCUAUGGCGCGUGUGCUCCUUAGAAUCAUUUGCAUGCUCAGACCGGUUGACUAUACAGUUGGACCCAGCGAGCAAAAUUGACAAUGGCGCACAGAUUCUCGACAGCAUUCUGAUAGAAGACAUGAGCGAUGGUGACCCCACAUUUUCGACAUGUAGCCCGCUUCUGAUAUCCGGCACAGCACUGUUGAACUCGAUGUUUUAUCAUUUAUACGGGAGCAACACCUUGAAGGAAACAAAAGAACUCCUCGACAAUCCUACUGGUGUCCGUUACGCUGUUUCAGAAGCAGGGAAUGAAGUAGGGGAACGCAAGGAUCCCAGAUUAAACACUGCCUUACUACGCGCAGCAAAGUCUAUGUAUUCGGAUUGCCAAGCAGGCGUGGUUUAUAUACAGAGGACUGCCGCUCAUCAUUUUGGUCCAAUCUGCGCAACAGCAUGUUACGAGGCUGCAUUGCUCCUCAAUUAUUAUCUGAAGGGUCGAGAGUCCUUGUCAUUAGCGCCAGAAGAAUCUGCGACUCUUGAUCAACUGAUCGAAGAAGCCGUCUUAGAAACAAAUGUCUUCCCUGGGUCAGACGAUUUUCGCAACCCAUCCAAUCCGCUCUUGGUGUCUGCAGAGCUACUUUCGGACGGAUCGGUCUGGCAAUGGCCAUGCGCUGUCUCGAGAAGAUUGAAAAGUGCCGCAGAUGUUACGAAUCAGCUCAAUAUUACAAGUAACAUGAUCAGUUGAAGAUCUAUACCAUUAGUCCGGAUUUUGGCUAGUACGAAUGGUUGAACUAUUGCCCCUUCUCUAUGAGGUAUCUUCGCCUGAUCGCGUUUUUGCGGCUUGUUGGAGAUAUAGUGUUUGAUGAGCUUAUUAGACGCACUCAAGACUUCGUUCUAAUCGUACACGAUG